CAAACUACCGGUUUAUUUGUCUUUGACAGAAAAACUUUUCAUCAAAGUUUCCCACUAAUUUGCUUCACGCAUUCUUCUCCACACUUUCCUUCCUCAUUGUCUGUUUCGUGUUAAUGGCUUAUGUAGAUGAGGAUGGUUCUUCGGGCUCUGGAGAUGACGUGAACAUGUUAGACGGACCCAAGCGUCAAGCUGGUGUUUCAGCUAGUGGUGGUCGGAAGAGAGGCAGAAAAGCUACUGGCACUGCCAUAGUUGAUGCCAUGCUGCAGAUAGCAGCUGCUUCGAAAAUGAGGGCAGGUGCAAUUAUGAAGAAUAAAGAGAACUUUUCUAUUAACAAGUGCAUUAAUGUGUUGGAUGAGAUGCAAGAUAAAUCUAUCGUUGUGGAUGACAUUGAUUUGGAAUUGGAUGAGAUGGAACUCGUCGCGGCUGCUGCUGGGUACUAUUAUUACAGCUCUCUAACCAAACAACCUUCCCGUUGUUUAUCACCGAGGAGAUGUGAAUUUAUGACAGAAGUGCUGAAUGGUCACGACGACUUUUGUCGUGAAAUGUUGCGGAUGGACAGGCACGUAUUUCACAAGCUGUGUGGCAUUCUCCGCCAAAGAGCCAUGUUACGCGAUACUGCUGGUGUAAUGAUAGAAGAACAGUUAGCAAUAUUUUUAAAUGUCAUUGGCCAUAAUGAACGUAAUAGAGUGAUUCAGGAGCGGUUUCAACACUCUGGUGAAACUAUUAGCCGACAUUUUAAUAAUGUAUUGAAGGCUAUUAAAUCUUUAUCGCGUGAAUUUUUGCAACCUCCUCAGCAUACAACAUCCUCGGAAAUUAUCAACAGUGCUAGAUUUUACCCAUAUUUCAAGGAUUGUAUAGGAGUAAUCGAUGGUAUGCAGAUUCCUGCACAUGUUCCAGCCAAAGAUCAAUCUCGAUUUCGCAAUAAGAAAGGUGUCCUAUCUCAAAAUGUGUUGGCAGCUUGCACAUUUGACCUGCAGUUUAUAUUUGUUUAUCCUGGUUGGGAAGGUUCUGUCACUGACUCGCGGGUGUUAAGGGCAGUCCUCGAUGACCCAGAUCAGAAUUUCCCUCAAAUUCCUCAAGGAAAGUAUUACCUUGUUGACCAAGGAUACUUGAAUACAGAAGGAUUUAUUGCUCCGUUUCAAGGGGUUCGAUACCAGCCUUACGAGUAUCGAGGUGCUAAUCAAUUACCUAGAAAUGCAAAAGAGUUGUUCAAUCAUCGGCAUUGUUUUCUGAGGAAUACAAUUUUGAGGUCAUUUAAUGUGUUGAAAACUAGAUUCCCAAUCCUUAAACUCGGCCCACAGUAUUCUUUUCAGAUUCAGCGCGAUAUAGUCAUAGCUGCAUGUGUUUUGCACAAUUUCAUCCGCUGCGAAGAAAGAAAUGAUUGGUUAUUCAGUAGUUUAGCAGAGACACUCGUGGAUGAACUGACAGCUCUCGAUGAACUUCCCGACCUUCAAUUUCUUUCUUCGAUACAAGAACAACUUGCAUUCUCAUUACGUGAUUCAGUUUCUGCAGCUAUGUGGGAUGACUUCUUAAAUAAAUGGGACGAGUGGUGAUUCUCGACCGAUCCGUCGUCGUCAAGUGGUGACUCAAUUUUUGGGUUGUUGUAAAAAGGCACUAUGAUUUAAUCAUUUGCAUGUUACUUAUGAGCACUAUUUGAUUUGAUGUUUAGGUCAAUGCUCAAUGUUAUUGUGAAUAACAUGGAAUUUUGUAUAGGCUCUCUGCAUAUAUUUGUCAAUAACAGUUUUAUUGAAAUGGAAUUGUGAAGAAAUAUUGGGUUAGAUGUGGAUAUAGUAGUGAAGUAAAGUAUAUGUUACAACAACCUAA